UAAAAUAAUGCAACAAAAUUAAUUUCUUUUAAGGAAACAUUUGCCAUUGGUUGAACCCACGGAAGUGACGGUCCAUGUGUGAAUUUUUACAGUUCCCUCUUCUCAGCAGUCUCCACACUGAAAGGAACAUUGGCUGCCAGACAGGCACACUUGCGACCAUGAUGCAGAAGCUUUACCUUCUAGGUUUCCUCACGUCCUUCCUGAUCAGUGCAACAGACACUCAACCCACCCAUGGAUCUCUGAAGCCUCCGAAGGUCCAAUUUCAGUCCAGAAACUUCCACAACAUUUUGCGCUGGCAGCCAGGAAGUGCCCUCACCGGCAAUGGCAGUGUCUACUUUGUGCAGUACAAAAUGUACGGACAGAGAGAAUGGAAAAAUAAAACGGACUGCUGGGGAACCACAGAGCUCUUUUGUGACCUGACCAAUGAAACCUUAGACCUGUACGAGCCAUACUAUGGGAGGGUGAUGACAGCCUGGGCGGGGAGCUACUCUGCCUGGAGCAGGACACCCCGCUUCACCCCGUGGUGGGAAACAAAGCUGGACCCUCCAUUUGUGACUACAAUCCAAGUUAACACAUCAUUGCUGGUGCUUCUCCGUGCCCCAGAGUUGCCAUAUAGAAAUCAAACUGGAAAAAAUACAUCUAUGGAAAAUUACUAUGACUUGGUAUACCGAGUUUUCAUAACUGACAAUUCACUAGGAAAGGAGCAAACGGCCUAUGAAGGGACUCAGAGAACUGUUCAAAUUGAAGGUCUGACAGCUCGUUCUGGUUACUGCGUAGUGGCUGAAAUAUAUCAGCCCAUGUUAGGCAGAAAAAGCCCGAGAAGUGAGCAGAGAUGUGUGCAGAUUCCAUGAGCUGGUCUGAGGCACCCUGCAGUGUGGAACCCAAAGGCAUACUGAGGAUGGAAUGGCUCCUGCCUGCAACAGCUUGCUGACCUUCUGUUUCUAUUUUCUCAGAGCAAUGUCUAUCAACACCUUCCAAGGGUUUAUUUGUCAAUACUUUCUUUUCUGUUUCAGUUAUAAAGUAAAUUUGAACAGAUUCAAAAAUCAGAAUUUAAAGAAGAGGUAAAGAAUAAAGAGCUUGUGAUGGCACCCGUCUUUAAUCCCAGCAUUGGAGAGGCAGAGGCAGGCAGAUCUCUGACUUUGAGACCAGCCUGGUCUACGUAGAGAAUUCCAAGAUAGCCAGGGCUACAUAGUGAGACCCUGCCUCAAUAAAAUAAUAUGGUAAGAUAAAGAUCUUCUUUAAAACACAGAAGUUUAUUUCUGAAUACAACAACCCUAACAAUAAUUUUUUUAUUUCUGUUAAAACCACAAAAUAAGAAUCAAGGAAUAUCAGGCAUUUAAUAAAAUUUUGGAAUACUUUUAAAUCAUUAUAAACAAGCAAUCCUGCAUCAAUAUUUUGCUUUGCUUUUGUCAGAGAUACACUGAUUUAAUAU